AAAAAAAGAAAACCCCAAUAAUAAGGUUGUACAUUGUACGGGCUAAAAGCCUAGUUUAUAUAAUAGAGAUUACAUGUAACACACUUUAGUGUUGCUCCUAGCUAGUAAAUUUAAUUCUGGUGGAUUGUAGAAUAAAAACACAGAAACAUUAGCAUUCACAGGAAUAAAAUGGCCUAAAUAACAAUAAGUACUUAUCUGAUAUAAUUACGUAUUACAACAAAUUUGUAAAUACUCCUACUUGAUCUUGUCAAAGGGGAUAUAAACUUCAUUGGACAAUACAAGAGAUAUAACAUUAGGAAAAAAAAAAAAAAAAAACCUAGAAAGUUGUGUUGUGAAAAAGAGAUCAAGUUAAAAAAGACUCACACACUCCAAAGCUAAUGAUUAUAGUAAAAAGAAAUGUUUAUAUCCUACUCUAGAACUAUGUAACUUCUUAAAAAUAAAGGCUGUGUUUGUUUCAAGGGAAAAGUCUUUUCCUGAAAAUAGUUUUCCUAUUUUUUACUGUUUGUUUUGGUCCGGCCCAUAAAACGGAAAAUAAGGCUAGAAAAUACUUUUUCAUUGAGGCCCAAAUAUUUUCCCCAAGAAAUCGAGGUAUUUCGUAUUUCCCAUCGUCUUCAACUCUUCACUGCUUCACGCUCGCUGCUCUCUCUCUCAUCUUCAAGCUCUGAACGCUCGCUGCUCUCUCUCCCUCUCAUCUUCAAGCUCUGCGUGCUCUCUAUCUCAUCUUCAUCGCCGUGAAGAUCUGCUCUCACAAGAUUAGUAUUAGUUAUGGAACCGGAGCGUGGAUUGUCUACCCAAAAAUCAUCUAAGGUUGUAAAAGAAGAGAAAAAGACUAACUUUUGCUGGUCAAAGGACAUGUCAAAAGAAUUACUCGACUUUUUAGCCGAAGAAGUUAAAAAGGGAAACCGGCCUAAUAAUACUUUUCGAACAAGUUCUUUUGUGGCUGCUGCAAAGAUUAUCUCUGAGAAGUUUCAAACCAAUUGCACCUCAGAACAUGUGGAGAAUCAUAUGAAAACUGUGAGGAAUGCAUGGGUGGCUAUAUCAACAGUCCGAAACAACUCCGGGUUUGGAUGGAACGAUAAUUUGAAGAUGGUGAUAGCAUCUCCCACAACAUAUGCUACUUAUGUUAAGGAAUAUCCAAAAUAUGAAAAGUUUUUGAAUCGAAAAAUUGAUAUGUAUGAAGAGAUGGCUAUAGUAUUGGGUAAAGAUUUAGCACGGGGGAACUUCUCCAAGACAUUUGCCGACAUCGAUGUUGAUGCUUCAAUGGAAAGUGGACAACCAAGUAUGACUAAUGAUAGUGUGCCUUUCAAGGCUGAGAGUGGUACCUCGUUGGGCUCAAGGCCACAUCGAAAGAGGUCUCGAAUUGACGAAGGAUCGGAAAUGGAACACAUUUCAGCACAACUUCAAGAAGUGGUUAGUGCUCUCAAAAUUUUUUCAAACAAUCAACUUGAUGUGGAAAAGCUUUAUGACGAAAUUAUGAAGAUGGAGGACAUAUUGCGGCUUUUGAUCACUUGGUGGAGCGCGAAAUGCUUGCAAAAGCAUUUUUGACAAAAAGCUUGCCACUAUGCAAACUUUGGAUCGAAAAGUUUGUCAAAGACCAUAGGCAUUAAAGUCUGCUUGCUGCUUUUACUCCAAUUUCUGGUAGUUUGCUCUUGCUGUCUUCAAGGUUACUGCUCUGGUUGCAAUCUGCUGCUUGGUUUUGGUGCAUUCUGCUUUGCCUUUUGUUUCCUGCUUCCUGUUGCUGUUCUGCUAUAACUCCUAUGCUGCUACCUGGUGUUUAUGCUGCUGCUUCAGGCUGUUGGAAGCUGCUUCUCCUGCUCCCUAGUUUGCUGUUGGCUGCUAUAUGCUGCUUGGUCUGCCCCUGUCCUUUCUACAACCGUUUUUCUUUUCUUAUUUUUUUGCUGUUUGUUUGGCUUGGGUAUUUGUAUUCUUGGGUAUUAGCAGAAGUUUUUUAUUAUUAGUUUGAAGUGGUUAACAUUUGUAGAUCAAAUAUGAAGAACUAUAGAAUUUUAGCUUUUAAAUCAUUUA